CUUCAACUUUCUUUCAAGACAGUAAUUCCAAGUUCGAUUAUCAUCAUGGAGCUGAAGUUCAUCAUUUUGACUUUUGGAGUCGCAUUGCCCUUUCUGCCAUUCUGCCUUUCGGUAUCUGCGGACGGAGAGUCCUGUACAACCAAUGAAGAUUGCGAGGAUAGUUCAGUAUGUAUAGGAACUCCUAGCAAGUGUACAUACUUAUGUAACCCUGAAGAUGACAAGUGCAAGGGAAAAACAUGCAUAUGUAGUAACCACUUUCAAUCAUGUGAUCUUUCGAAGAAUUUUACAAAAGGUGAAGAUUGUGUCCUCCAUAAGGACUGUGCAGACAAUUUAGCUUGUAACAUGUUUACUUCUAAGUGCGUAAAUCUAUGUGAGGGCUAUACUGAUUGUAAAAGUGACGAAAAAUGCUUUGUUAUAAACCAUUAUUUAAAAUGUCACCCGAUCACUUCUUUCUGUCAAAACAACAACGACUGUGCAGAUUGCUUGAAGUGUUCAGGAAGCAUUUGUGUAAGUCCCUGCAAGGAUCACAAAUGCGCCACUGGUCAAAAAUGCGUCGCUGUUGAUCAUAAAGCUACUUGUGCACAAACUGAAGCUCCUGUUGUUUCUGUUACUACUAGUACUACUGAGCUUAAACCCUGUUCAUGUCCCUGGUACGAUCCUUUAUGCUGGCUCGGUCUUGCCCCAUGGACUUACUUCUGUUGA